CGGCGAACCGAGAUAGCCAGGAUCGCCGACCCGGCUGCCCGCCUCGUGACCUACUCCAAGAGGCGCAAGGGCCUCUUCAAUAAGGCGUACGAGCUCUCCCGCCUCUGCGGCGCCCGCGUAGCGGUCGUCGUCUUCUCCCCCGCCGGCAAGCCCUGCUCUUUCGGCGACCCAUCGGCCGACGAAAUCAUCUCCGACUACCUCCGAGGCGGCGGCGACGGUGGCGACGGCGACGGCGAGGUGAUGCCGCCGAUGGGUCUGACCCAGUGGGCGGAAUGGGUCCAAACGGAGUGGGACGCUUGCGCCACCGAGGAGGACCUCGAGUCCCUGAUCCUGAAAUACGAAGCCGUCCGCGAUUGCGCGCGCAAAAAGCUGAAGGCGUUGGAGGAUGAAUCGCAAGUCAAGGUCGGUGCGGGUGAUUCUCACGUUCUGACCGAGGAGGAGAUAGAUGCGAUUUUCGAGAGCUUAGGCCGAUGCCCAGCGCUUUCGGAUCUCUUGACUGACGGUGAUGGCAACGAUUUAAUGACUUCGCCCGACAACUCGGCCGCCGCCGGUGGAAGUUCGGCAGUGGAGUCCAUCCCCGUGCGCUCCGAUAUCGACAGUUGCGGAUCUAAUGCCCCUGGAGGUGGACGCUUAGGAAUGGCGUCGACCCCCACCUGCUCUGAUCUUGAGGACUGUGGGUUUGAUCCGGAUGAUUUUCUUAAUUUGUUGGAGGAAUGUGUCCAGGACGGCGAUCGCGAUAAUUUCUUGACUUCACCGGUGGAGUCGGCCGUGGGCGGUGGAAACUCGGGAGUGGAGCCCGCCCUCUCUGAUCGAGAGGGUUGUGGAUAUGAUCCCAUCGACUUUGCUACACUCGAAGAUUUGGGUGUCCUACUGUGAAUGUGAAUCGUGUGUCUUUUUCCAUUUGUCAAAUUGUAUUGUACAGGGAUGUUCUCUGUCUCGGAGGGUUUUGUAUGUCUCUGAGGAACGGAGCAAGAUAGUGAUACGAAGAACAUUAUAGAAGUUAGCGGUUUUGUUGUUCAAUUCUUUGAGUUCAAAUCGGAUAAUUCAAUAAAGGUUAGAUUGUUUUUCAGAUGGUGAAUUGGGUA